GCACUAAACCACUAAUAAUGAAGGUUUUGGUAAUCCUCGCCUUUGUGGCAACCGCUUCUGUAUAUGCCAGAGAACGAAUCGUUGGUGGUGAAAUCGCCAAAAAUAAUGAAUUCCCCAGCAUUGUAUCAUUACAAAAAUCAUCUUUUGGAGGACUUUUAUGGAGUCAUAUUUGUGGUGGUAUUCUUAUUUCCUCAAACUACGUAUUGACUGCUGCCCAUUGUGUUGAUGGUUCAUCUGCUAGUACUUUAAGAGUUCUUCUUGGUCGAAAUGAUCUGAAUAACAACAAUGAAGCUAACGCUCAGAGAAUCAACAUCGCUCAAGUUACUAUGCACGAAGGAUACAACUCCAAUGCUGAUGGAUUUCCCAAUGAUGUGGCUGUUUUGAGACUGUCAUCUACUGCUAAUUUGGUGCCUGGUUUCGUGGAGGUCAGUGAGCUGUCACCAGAUAAUACCUAUGCUGGGGAAACAGCUGUUUUAGCUGGAUGGGGUAAAUUAGCUGGUAGUGAAUCUACCACAUCAUCUAAGUUAUACAGAUUAGAUAUCCCAGUUAUCAGUAACGAUGCAUGUACACAGGCCUGGGGAGCAAACUAUAUCAUGGAAACUCAUAUUUGUGUUCAUGAUGACGGUAGAGAGAGUGGAGCUUGUAAUGGAGACAGUGGUGGACCAAUGUACUGUUCUAAUGGUAGUGGUGGAUACUAUGUCUGUGGUGUAACAUCAUGGGGACAGAACGGUUGUCCUGGUACCACACCAAGUGUUUAUGGCAGAGUUUCCAAAUUCGCUUCAUGGAUCAGAGCAAACACUGAUCUUUAAAAAAUAAAUUCUAUUAUUAUGUGAUAAAUUUUAAGAAUAAAACAUUAAGAAACG